AUGGAGAAAUUCAAAGAGAAACUUGCAACCCUCCGAGGUGAGGUGGAGACUGCCAACGCACGCGCCCAAGAGCUCGAGCAAAAGGUGGAACAACUCGAAAGCGAGCAUAGCAAAAAGGAUGAGAAUCUUGAAGAGCUCCAGUCGCGUGCCAAGUUGCUCGAAGAACAGCUUGAGAAAGCAGAAGCAGACCUUAAGGAAGCUAGCGAUAAUUUCCGCGAAGCUGAUUUACGUGCAGAGCAAUUGGAAAAGAAGGAAAUCAAGCUGAAGCAAGAGGUGAAGGAAUGGGAAAAGAAAAACGCUGAGAUCGAAGCCAAACACAAGGAAGUCAGAGAUGAGCUUGAUGAAAUGGAAAGCCAACUCGAAGGCGUUUAA